ACAUCCGGGUCUUCAGCGGCGGUCCCCUUUCUUGUGCACAGAUUGCGCUACAUCGACUUCUGUUGUUGAUGAUCUACAACACCUCUUGGUUGAUAAAACGUGAGAGACUCUUAUUCAAAUCUGUGAAGGACGUGAGAGGUAUUUGGGGAAUUUACUUUUAUGUACCAAAAAGUGGAACCGAGGAGAAAUUGCAGAUUCGAAAAGGGGCAUGCUAUUUUAACGUGAGAGAGAUUGUCUUCACUUUAAAACCGAUGAUAAGAUACUUUGAUGUUCGCAAAGCUAGCAGGCUAACCCCGGCAAUGUUUUACGAUUUUCCUCUGUCGCCAGUUUGCGUCGAUGACCGUCUCAUGUAAAGUUACCCAAUUAAAAAAACAACAACAUUCGUCUUAAACUUAUGUAAUGUUUGGAAUUGGUUACGUUAAAUGUUGGCGGCUCCAAUGUUAGCAUGAGUCCCAGUUUCCUAAAGGAACUGUAGUUUCGUGUCCAUUCAUUUUCGAGCAUCACGUUGAAUGUUAUUCUUUCAAUACAAGUUAGUUGUUGAGGUUUUGUUGCGUUUGGGGUUUUAAGCAUAUACGAUUUAUGGUUUAAAUGGAUACCUGAUGUAAAUUAAAGGUUACGCUGUAUACAUUGAUAAGAGAAUUGGGCUUAUCGCUUAUAUCGGGUAAAUUUAAGACAGUCAAUAGGUGGAGUACUGACGAGAAGGCGAGCUUGAUGAUCAUUCAAAAUCGCCCACAUGCGUUGGAUCAGUUCCCGGACUUAUGAAAGGCCUUUGAAACAGAAGGUGGAAGACUUGCAGCCCGUGGGAAGAUGGCGGAGCUCUCCCACAGGCGGUGGUGAAGCCAAAACUUCGGGACUUUUUGGACUUAUCCCCGAACAUCUUGGCUCAUUUCAUAGAACACAUGCAGGCCAAAAAACGUUACUUAGUAUUGUUCUCUGCCGGCGUGUGUCUCCUUCUGCUAUUUUGUUUCGGGGGUAUUCAUGUACCACUUUCCAGACGAGGUCUAAGCCGGCGACAUGCGCGAACUCCACACCCUGGGGCGCAGUGGCGUCGCUCCCCGGGGGCCGUUCAACCUUACAGCGCCGGUGAGCGAGACAACGACGACGCGAAUGACCACAUAUCUCCUCGUCAGAAGAGAGAAGGAAUCACCGACCUUUUCUCUGGGAAGCAUUGCAGAAUGGAGUCCUGCUUUGACUUUUCUCUAUGUGAGAGAAAUGGCUACAAAGUUUACAUCUAUCCUCACCAGAAGGGAGAAAAAAUGUCAGAGAGCUAUCAGAACAUUUUGUUGUCAAUUGAAGGCUCCAGGUUCUUCACACCGGACCCGGACCGGGCAUGUCUGUUUGUCCUGGGUUUGGACACUCUGGACAGGGACCAGCUCUCACCGCAUUAUGUGCACAACCUAAAGGCAAAAGUCCAGAGUCUUCCACUGUGGAAUGAUGGUAAAAACCACAUCAUCUUCAAUUUAUACUCGGGCACAUGGCCUGACUACACGGAAGAUCUGGGCUUUGACAUUGGCCUUGCCAUGCUGGCUAAGGCCAGUAUCAGCACAGAGAACUUUCGGCCCAGAUUUGACAUAUCCAUCCCCCUUUUCUCAAAAGAACACCCCAGGACUGGAGGGGAACGGGGCUACCUUAAACAUAACACCAUCCCCCCAUUUAGGAAGUACCUGCUGGUGUUCAAGGGAAAAAGAUAUUUAACUGGAAUAGGAUCUGGUACCAGGAAUGCCUUGUAUCAUGUGCAUAACGCCGAGGAUGUUGUCCUUCUCACUACCUGCAAGCACGGCAAGGAUUGGCAGAAGCACAAAGAUGCACGCUGUGACAAGGAUAAUGCAGACUACGACAAGUAUGACUACAGAGAGAUGCUGUACAACUCCACUUUCUGUCUAGUUCCAAGAGGACGUCGGCUAGGUUCUUUUCGCUUCUUAGAGGCAUUGCAGGCAGCCUGUGUCCCAGUGAUGCUAAGUAAUGGCUGGGAACUGCCUUUCUCGGAGAUCAUCGACUGGAACACUGCAGCUGUAAUUGGUGAUGAAAGGCUUCUUCUUCAGGUUCCCUCAACAGUUCGCUCAAUUCACCAGGAUACGAUUCUCUCCCUGAGACAGCACACCCAAUUCUUGUGGGAGGCCUACUUCAACUCUGUGGAGAAAAUAGUUUUGACCACAUUGGAGAUCAUCCAGGAUCGACUGCUUCAGCACAACGCGAGGAGUACCCUCAUGUGGAACAGUCUUCCUGGAGGUCUUUUCGCCUUGCCCCAGUACUCCACAUAUCUUGGAGACUUCCCCUUCUACUAUGCAAAACUUGGUAUCACAACAUACCCCAAGUUUACAGCUGUCAUUCACAUAGUGACCCCACUGGUCUCGCAGUCCCAGCCAGUCAUUAAGCUGCUCGCAGCUCUUGCCAAAUCACAGUACUGUGCACAGGUGAUACUUGUGUGGAACUGUGACAAAUCUCUUCCUGCCAAGCACCGCUGGCCUGUCACCUCAGUUCCUGUCUUUGUCAUAGAGGGGAAAAGUCAGGUUAUUAGCAGCCGCUUCCUUCCGUAUGAUACCAUCCCCACCGAUGCAGUGCUCAGUCUCGAUGAGGAUACGGUGCUCUCCACCACAGAGGUGGAGUUUGCAUUCACUGUGUGGCGAAGCUUUCCGGAUCGCAUCGUUGGGUACCCAGCUCGCAGUCACUUCUGGGAUAGCAACAAGGAGCGUUGGGGCUACACUUCCAAAUGGACCAAUGACUACUCCAUGGUGCUGACUGGAGCUGCCAUCUAUCAUAAAUACUACCACUACCUGUAUACAACAUACCUUCCAGUCAGUCUGAAGACCAUGGUGGACCAGAUGUCGAACUGUGAGGAUAUUCUAAUGAACUUCCUUGUGUCCUCGGUCUCGAAGAUGCCCCCGAUCAAGGUCACGCAGAAGAAACAAUACAAGGAAACCAUGAUGGCUCAGAGCUCCCGGGCUUCUCGCUGGGCUGACCCGGACCAUUUUGCGCAGCGUCAGACUUGCAUGAACAAGUUUGCCAACUGGUUUGGCACCAUGCCACUGGUUCAUUCUCAGAUGAGACUCGACCCGGUCCUCUUUAAAGACCAGGUGUCCAUCCUGAGAAAGAAGUACAGGGACAUUGAGAGGGUAUAGCCCUCCAGAGCCCCUCCUUUCCUUUCUGGACAGGACUCAGAGAGACAGAGAGCGAAUGAGGGGCUGUCCAUUUCUUAUGUUUCUUCAAUGGAUCAAGAGAGAAGCAAGUACGGGUAAGAGGAGUGACAAGGACAGAUUUAGCGGAAGGCGGCACACACACCUCAUCUCCUCUGUAUGGCAUCUUUUGUUUGUUCUGCCAACUUUUGGGCACGAGCAGAUUGUGCAGCUCCAUCUCUUUUAGGCACUGUAGGCCUAAAACUGACUGACCUGGAAGUGGAAUUGCCAAAGUCAUGGAAUUGGAUUUCUAAUGCUUUUUUAAUUGCCCUAAAUGGUAACAAACCACUGCAGCCCUGUGAAACUGUUCCCCUCAUUAUACUAUGCACACGUUCAUGGACGUUGAUAUUAUAAUAGUCAGCAAUAUUCUAGAUUCUUCUAUAUUCUAGAGAAUGCAGAGUAUAACACUAUUUUGGAUGUGUUUUUACAGUUCUGGUGUUUUUUUUUAAUCACAAUGCUGCUCCUGUUGUUUCACAAUCGGUGGCUGGGCAGGUGGGGAGAGCAAUGACACGCCCUUCUCUGCAUUUAGGGUAAAUUUAUGCUCAGUGCCUCAACAUUAGUCUUUUGAUUUGUAAAUAUGAAUAAAAAGAUGUGAUCCAAA